CGAUAGCAGCUUGAUGAAAUUUUGCCAUCUCUACAGCAGCGGCCGCAGAGUUGUAAAAAGAAGACAAUUAAAUAAAUUUAACGUGUAGUUUUGUAUGUGUACGAAAAAUUUCGCACUCAUAAGAAACUUAGUUGAAAGUCAAUGGUCGAUUAAAUUUGCCAUCACUUUCGGCUAUACAGUGGAGUAAAACUUACCGACAUAACAACACACAUUCUCCUGUGUGGCGUUUGCGCGUAUCGCUGUGGUGUGCUUGUGUGUGGUUGCAUUUAACUGUGUGUGUGUAUUCUGUCGGCUUAUAUUUGCACGCACGCCAACAUUUGGAAAAUAUAUAGAAAAAGCGAAAGCAAAGAAAAGUCGGCAAAAUGUCCUACCCCCCGCGUCCUCCAAUGCCGCCCUACAUGAAUGCGUCAAUUCCGCCACCACACAUGAUGCAGUCCAUGGGCAAUCCGCCGCGCAGCUUUCGCAACUCUGCCACAAUCAGCUCUCAGCCGACAGUGUAUCAACGCCCGCCGGAGCCACAACCUCAGUUCCGUGGACCAAUCAUAACCGUGUUCGUGGGCAACAUAAGCGAACGGGUCCCUGAGGCUCUGCUCAAACGGAUCCUCGCCACCUGCGGCAUGGUCAUCAACUGGAAGCGCGUCUCCACAUUCGGAUUUUGCGAGUUCGAUGGCCCUAUUGCGGCGAUGCGGGCCGUUCGCUUGCUCAGCGAGAUGGAAAUCGAUGGGAAGAAGCUGGUGGCCAAGGUGGAUGCGAAGAAUAAAGUACUCAUCGAAGACUACAAGGAGAAAGAAUGCAAGAACGGUGAGGGAGCGAAUGCUGUGGACGAAAAGACUGAAGACGAACGUGCCGUCAACCAGAUGCAAGAUCUGCUCGAAGAGCACAAGCACGAGUUCGAAGGCUUCGAUGGGAGUACUCGCGGUGAUCUCUAUGGGAAUAGUAACCGCAACAAGAAGACGCGUCGGGAGGAUGACAUCAAGAUCAAGGUCCUAAACGAAAAUGCACUGGAGGAAGAGAAACGCAAUCUGAUUAGCAGCGAGAUCGGCAAGUUUCGCAAACGCGCGGAAGCCGAUGAGCAUCGCAAAGAGCUGGAGAAAGAGAAGGAAAAGGAGAAGCUGGCCGCCAGUAAGGAGAAGGAGCGCGACAGGGAGCGGAAGAAGCAGCAGCGGGACAGCGAGCGCAAAUCUUCCACUAGAAAGGCCAGUGCCUCCGAAGUUGACGACGCUGUCGUGAUCGUUGAAAAGGAUGUUACAGCACCUGCUUCGACUGGAACCGGUUCGGCCCCCACUGCCCCUGCCCCUGCCACUGGCUCCGCCGCCGUCUCGACGCGCAGUAGCAGCAGCCGCAAGGAGCCCGUGACCAUCGAUAUGACACAGAAGGAGCGACGGCCCGAAACGAAGGAGGGCCGACGUCGCCGCUCCAAAUCCCGUUCCAAGGAUCACGAGCGCGAACGUGAGAGGGAGCGUGAUAGGGAGAGGGAGGCGCGUGAGCUCCGUGAGAAGGAGCGUGAGCGCGAGCGUGAACGUGAGCGGGAGCGCGAGAGGGAGCGUGUCGAGCUCCGGGAGCGAGAGAGGGAACGAGAGCGCAAUGAGAUGCGAGAGCGUGAAAGAGAACGAGAGCGGGACAGAGAGCGCGAACGCGAGGAGAAGAUCCUCAAGCCAGUGCGCGACCUGCGGCGCGAGAAGGAAAUGGAGGAGGAGACGCGCGAUCGCAAAAAGGCAGAGAAGAAAGCCCGCGAAAAGGAAACCGCCUACCAGCAGCGCCUUUCCAACUGGGAGAUGCGCGAGAAGCGCAAAUGCAAGGAGAACGAGAAGUACCGCCUGAAGGAGGUGAUGCGUCAUGACGAGCGGGAAAGCGAUGCCAAGCGCCUGAAAGAGUUCGUCGAAGAUUACGACGAUGAACGCGACGACUCGCUGUACUAUAAAGGUCGGGAGCUCCAGCAGCGUCUGGCAGAGCGUGUACGCGAAGCGGAUGCAGAUUCGAAGGACCGAGAAAAGGAGGUGGACGAACUAGCCGAACUGAAGACAAAAAUCUUCAGCGGUGAGUUCGAGAAUCCUUCGCUGGAAUACGAGAAGGCCCGCCGCGAAAUCGAGAAGCUGUACGAACCGCGCAUUCUUGUAACCGUCAACCAAGAGCCAGUAGCCGGCCAGCGCGAUCGCCUGGCUAAGCAAUCGGCUGCAGGGGCCGCGACAGCUGACAACCAGGACCCAUCCCUGAUACCGGCGGAGAAGCGGCGCAAGGAAAUGGUGGCCUACGAUCCAGACUUGGCUGAACACAACGAUGAUUCCAUAUCAAACGAUGAUCAUGGUUCCAUAGCCGACACUGCCUCAAAUGCCAGUGCCUAUGCGAAGAACAACAACAAAAAGUCGCCGUCGCGUCAAAACAGUUUAAGCCGGCAGAAUAGCGACUCCAGGGACUCGGUGGCCGACAUCCACACGCCUUCUCAGAGUGCCAUGAAUGACCUGGCGCCUGGGAACGAUUCGGUCAUGGUCCAUUCGGCCACUCCCCCCAUCACCAUGCCGCUCAUCUCGCUCACUUUGGGAAACAACCUCAAGAAGAAGAAGAUCGAGGCCACAGGAGUCUUCGUCAACGACGACGAUAACGACGAGAACAUCAACCCCAAGAAGCGCAAGCUGGUUCCUCUAGAUUACGACGACAUGAGCAAUGAGCACGAUCACCAGGCUGGCAGCGGUGGGAACAGCAGCAGUAUGACUGCUGCGGAACGCCAGAGCUCUGCCGUGUCUGCGGCCACAGCUGCUGCCGCUGCUGUUAGCCAGAAGAUAGCCCAAGCUGGCGGGGGCUCUGGGUCCGGGUCAGCGUCGUCCGGGAGUGGGAGCGGCGGAAAAAACAACAACAGCGCAAACUCCAGCAGCCAAUCGGGCGGCAAACAUCACAGUAGCAAACACGGUAAGAAUGAUGCAGCUGCAUCUGCGACCAACAGCGCAGAUGCUGCCGCGACAAACACCAAAAAGGAUGAGAAUGGUGCAAAGGUGUAUGAUGAAAAACGGCGCCAUAUAAAAAGCAUUAUUGACAGGAUACCCACGCAAAAGGAGGAACUAUUUAAUUAUAAACUUGACCGCAACGAGAUCGAUAGCGGUCUAAUGGAACGAAAAAUACGUCCAUGGAUAAAUAAGAAAAUCAUUGAGUAUAUUGGUGAGCCGGAGCCGACUUUAGUGGACUUUAUAUGUUCCAAAGUUUUGGCCGGCAGCCAGCCCCAGAGCAUCCUGGACGAUGUGCAAAUGGUACUGGAUGAGGAAGCUGAGGUAUUUGUAGUGAAAAUGUGGCGACUGCUCAUUUACGAACUGGAUGCCAAAAAGAGCGGCAUUUCGGGCAAGUAGAGGCGGCAACCGGAUCGCGACCAGAUCUGUGCUGUACGAGAGACGAACGAUAUACGUUGAUAGAUCUUAAGUUAUACUUACGGAACCUAUACGACUACAAAAUGUAUAUAAAGGGCAUGCUCCGGGAAUUGUUGCGGCCAAAUGUCGAGCUUUGUUUUAUAAGCGUCCUCCUUCUUUCUUAAGCAAUAGCGCAUCCUCAACGACUUCUCAAUCCACCUUGUUAGCGAUAGCGGUAAUUGCCACAUCGAAUCGCCGAUAAAUGUAAAUACACUCUUACUCGAAGAGUAAAAUAAAACAAACAGACACCAAGAACACCAAGCAAAACCAGCUCCAAACGAAAACCACAAUGUCGCAAACCCAUGAACAUUUCAGUCAGCGUGACUGUUAAGGCUUUUUCCGUGUAAAUGGAAAAGGGGAUAUCGUACUAGUAUACAUAUAAUACAAUGCACCUUCAUUAUAAUUUUAGAAACUACCAUAAACUGUCGUGCCGAUUGGACUUGUGUUGCUAUUCUACAUCCUUCCUAAUUUUCACUAGUGACAUCAAAGUCAAUUUACUCUGUACGCUAUUUUUUCGGAAAGUAUGUAGUUCAUGAAAGAACAUUUUGACUUGAAAGAAAACGGAAAUGUCAUUUAAAUAAAAACAAAAAAUGAAAGGAUAA